UAUUGUAGCUGUUGAGGCGUGCACCAAUGCAAACCCUCACUAAACUAAAGGCAAACCUUAAGUUACUUUCAUACAACCACUGUUUAUCAGCUUAUCCGCACUUACAUACGGAGCUCCGACGUUCGAUGUAAAAACGUAGUUCCUUCGUUAGAAUCAGACUGUUGAUUCAACGUUGUUGGAGAGGUGGGUUUCAACUCCUUCGUUUUCUCCCUUAGGAGUGUGGUUUUAACCCACGUAAGAGGGAAAGAAAGGACAAGAGAGCGAAAGGACACGAAAAAGGCAAAAAGGCUAUCUGAAACAUGAUCUCCAUGUUGUGUCUCAUGCUGUUUGUUCCACGUGUGUUCUCCUCAUCGACACAAGUGGCUGUAAUCUUCCCCCAAGACCCAGCAUUGUGGAUGGGCUCCAGCCUAACGGCCACGUGCACAGUGAGCCCCGAGCGGGGGCUGCAUGCCAACACUAUGUACUGGACCCUUAACGGGAAGAGACUCCCAAGUAGCACCUACGGCCUGCUUAGCACCAACGGCCUCAGUGUCACCUUGCACCGCCUCAACGGCUCCCAGCAGCAGUCUGGGGACAACCUGGUGUGUCACAGCAGAGACGGACAUGUCCUGGCUGGCUCCUGUCUGUACGUGGGCAUGCCCCCGGAGAAGCCGGUCAACCUAACCUGCUGGUCCCGAAAUACAAAGGACCUGAGCUGCAAGUGGACCCCCGGUGGUCGGGGUGAAACCUUCAUCAAAACCAAAUACACCCUCAAGUACAAAUUGAGGUGGUACGGGCGAGAGAGAGAAUGUGAGGACUACAGCACGGGGCAACGCUACACGUGUUACAUCCCCCGGGACUUGGCCCUCUUUACUCCCUACGAGAUCUGGGUGGAGGCGUCCAAUCAGCUGGGGACUGCCACCUCUGAUGUCAUCACUCUGGAUAUUCUGGAUGUGGUGACUACAGACCCUCCAGACAACGUCCAUGUGAGUCGUGUGGGGGAGCUUGAGGACCAGCUGACAGUGCGUUGGGGCAGCCCUCCGGCACUUAAAGACUUCCUCUUCCAGGCCAAAUACCAGAUACGUUACCGACUGGAAGACAGCACUGAAUGGAAGUUGGUGGAUGAUGUAGGUAACCAGACAUCGUGCCGGCUAGCAGGGCUAAGGGAAGGGACAGUAUACUUUGUCCAGGUGAGGUGUAACCCAGUGGGGAUCUACGGCUCCAGGAAGGCUGGGAUCUGGAGUGACUGGAGCCACCCUACAGCUGCCUCCACACCCCACAGUGAGCCGCUGCCGAGUGGGUCAUGUGACCCCAAGUCGGGCGAGCAGAACUCCACCCUGCGACGGGAGCUCAAGCAGUUCUUUGGCUGGGUCCGCAAACACGCAUGCGGCUGCAGCGGCAUGUCAAUCAAACUCUACGACCAGUGGCGGGUGUGGCUGCAGAAAUCUCAUAAAACACGCAACCAUGUAGGUAAGAAUAAUAUCCCCUUUAUUUCUGUUCCAGCUCAGCAUAGGCUUCACGGUUAUGCACCAUGAUUAUGUACUACUCGGCUACUGUAGCUCCUUAUCACAACAACACCCUCUGUUGUCAAUGUGUUGAACUCUGCAUACACCCCUAUUCUCUGACCCCCUUUGUCCUGAAUUGUACUUUUGUGUUUUGCGAUGUGGUCAGCGUUUUGGAAGCACACAGAACCAUUCCCCUAGAACUGGUUAGACUUUCUGAAGUCUCAGUCUGAUGUUUUAUGUUCAGGUAUGUGUGCGGUUUCCACUUUAUUGGCCCAGAGUACAGCAUAAAGUUGAUAUCCGCUCAGUUCUCCAAGUCAUGAAAUCUAAUUUUAUUACAUAUUUUAAUGGCAUAGACUUAUGAUCUUCAGUCGAUUGCCACAACAAAGGGAAAUGAGCAUGUAAAUAUAAUUAACAACCACUAUAAUGUGUUCCUUUUGUGUUUUGUCUCUCUGUGACGUGAGGAGCUUGUUUCACAACAUAACUGAGCCCAAAUGGCAGCCAGGAGGACUGAGCUCACCGCUAAGCCACAUCCUCUGUUCGCCCCCUGAACCCAAUCGCUGGUUGUUAUGCUACUGAGGACAAGGGAACUGCCCGAGUCUUUUAUCUCACCUGAUUUGUGUGGUGUCCCUGAAUAAUGUCUGUGUUUAACUGCUCUGACAGGCGUAUAUUGAUUAACCUCAGAGAGAAAAGGAGCAGUUUAACUGGCUGUUACCAAUACGCAAUUGGUGUCAGUAUGAUAAUGAUAUGAAUUUCCAUCCUUUGUCUAUUUAAUUAUCCCAAUAUUAAGCAUAUGUUUUCUCUUUCAGACUCUACAAUGUGAUAAAUCCUAACACAUGCUAAACAUCAUUGAAGUAUUUUAACAACAAUCACAACAGCAACUGAGAAACUGUCUUAGAAGGCCACUUUGAGGCCUGUGGGUAAAAGCCAUCCAACACUGGAUAUUCCAGCAUUUGGUCACACACAGCAACUUUUUUUUGUAGGAAUCCAUAUGGAACAGAAAAAGAACUGAUGCGAGACGCCAGCGUUACACUACUGUCUGCAGCCCAGGAUUCAAAUAGAGUGGAAUCGCUCUUU